AUGGCAGUCCCGAAGCAGAAGUCAUGGCUUGCGAAACAGCUUACGCCGCGAAAGCUACUCUUCUACUGCGUAUUUCAUGGCCUACAUAUCCUAAUAUUCAUAAUUGGCUGGUGGAAACAAGCGACAGAUCAGCGCCUUGCACCGCUCAACACAUUACAAUUCAGCGUGUGGUUCUCUCGUGGAGCUGGACUAUGUCUCUCCGUAGACGUUAUGCUCAUCCUCUUCCCCAUGUGCCGGAAUAUCCUCAGAGAGAUACGACCCAAGAUAAGGUGGCUACCACUCGACGAAAGUCAGUGGUUCCACCGCCAAGUCGCAUACAGCUUGUUGAUCUGGACCAUCGUACACACAGGAUCACAUUAUGUGAACUUCUUCAACGUUGAGCGAAGUCAGGUCCGGAAGGAGGCUGCGAUUGAGGUCCACUAUCAUCAAGCCGGAGGCAUCACUGGACAUGUUAUGCUUUUUUGCAUGUUGAUGAUGUACACCACCGCACAUUCAAAGAUUCGACAGCAGAGUUUCGAGACUUUUUGGUACACGCACCAUCUGUUCAUCCCCUUCUUCUUGGCAAUGUACACGCAUGCAACCGGAUGCUUCGUGCGUGACAGCCUCAAUCCCUAUUCACCUUUUGCCGGCAAGCCUUUCUGGGGACACUGCAUAGGCUACCAAGGUUGGCGAUGGGAGCUCAUUGGAGGUGGUCUCUACCUAUGCGAGCGAAUCUGGCGAGAGAUCAGAUCGAGACGCCAGACAGAGAUCAUCAAGGUCGUCAAGCACCCUUAUGACGCCGUUGAGAUCCAAUUCCGCAAGCCCAGCUUCCGCUACAAGGCCGGCCAGUGGCUCUUUAUCAAUGUCCCAUCAGUGAGCAAGCACCAAUGGCAUCCCUUCACGAUUACAUCGUGCCCAUUCGAUCCAUACGUGAGUGUGCACGUUCGACAAGUAGGUGACUAUACUCGCGCGCUUGCCAACGCUCUCGGCGCCGGAACCGAGCAGAAAGAACUUUACAGCGGCCUAGACCCAAUGGGAAUGUACGAAGUCGCGCUCAUGUACGGUCAAGAAAUGCCCAAACUCCGAGUUGAUGGUCCCUACGGUGCACCGGCCGAAGAUGUCUUUGAGAACGAAAUCGCAAUCUUGAUCGGAACCGGCAUUGGUGUCACCCCUUGGGCAGCAAUCUUGAAGAACAUCUGGCACAUGCGAUUAUCACCCAAUCCACCAAAACGACUCCGAAGAGUAGAGUUCAUCUGGGUAUGCAGAGACACAAGCUCCUUCGAAUGGUUCCAAGCUCUGCUCUCAAGUCUGGAAUCUCAAAGUCGAGAAAUGAGCGGCGCAGGCAGUCAUACCGAAUUCUUGAGAAUUCACACUUACCUCACGCAGAAAGUGGAUGCCGAUACUGCUCAAAACAUCGUGCUGAACUCUGUGGGCACUGAUAAGGAUCCUUUGACUGAGCUUUCCAGCAGGACGAAUUUCGGGCGUCCUGACUUCAAUAGGUUGUUUGUGGCUAUGAGAGAAGGUAUCCUGAACCAAUCGUACAUCGCAGGUAUCAACCAGGGCGGCAGAACUGAUGUCGGUGUCUACUUCUGUGGCCCGAACGUGGCGGCUAGGGAUAUUAGGAAGGCUUGUAAAGAGGCUACGGUGAAGGAAGUCAAAUUCAAGUUUUGGAAGGAGCACUUUUAG